GCGAUAAGGCAUCUUCAUCAUGGUGAUGUGAAGGCUGAGGAAAAGAGAGAUAUCAGUGCAGGAGGAUGGCUGUAUGUGGCAAACUAUAAUGCAAUUGGUCAGUGGAGUAGGGUCAGCCUACUCACUGAUAUCAGCCUUCAAUCCAAUGCAGUCACACAGAGAAACAAACAAACAAACAAACACACACACAGUGCACAUCCAUUUUUGCCCUGGGUCUGUUACCAGUGUGACACAGCAUGGCAAUGAUGGAAAACCUCUUUCUUCAGUCACUCAGUACAACCAGUCUACUGUUCACUAUUGGGAUCCUUCUUGCCUCGCUUGUAUUUUUCUGGAGCUAUGACCGUCAAAGAAAGGAGCCUCCAGGACCCAGGUCACUGCCUUUGUUGGGCAAUUUGCUGGACCUCAAGUCACCCCACUGCACGCUGUAUGAGCUCUCCAAGAAGUAUGGAGCCAUAUUCACCAUCCAUCUCGGGCCCCAAAAAGUUGUUGUGCUGGCAGGAUACAAGGUUGUCAAGCAGGCUCUGAUCAGCGACGCCUUUUCAGUGAAAGAAGUUGUCCCAAUUAUCAAUGACCUGAAAUUAACACAAGGAAUUAUAUUUGCCAACGGAGACUCAUGGAGAAAAAUGAAGAACUUUGCAAUGACCAGCCUGAAAGACUUUGGAAUGGGCAAAAAAGCUUCAGAGGAAAAAAUCAUAGAAGAGAGUCAACACCUGAUGGAGGUUUUUAAAGAAAAAGACGGUAAACCCUUUGACACUACCCAACCAGUGAGAUUUGCUGUCUCCAAUGUCAUCUCUAAUAUUGUCUACGGCAACAGAUUUGAAUAUGAUGACCCAGACUUCAGAUCCAUGGUGGAGCGAGCCUGUAAAAACACAGAACUAAUGGGCUGUGCAUCGGUGCAGCUUUAUAACCUCUUCCCAUGGCUGUUCCAUUGGCUUGGAGCCCGAAAGCAAAUGAUGAAGAAUUCACGUGCUAGCAGGAGACAAAUGACAAAGCUGAUCAAGGGUUUACAGGACACCCUUAAUCCGCAGAUGGGCAGAGGUUUGGUGGAUUCCUUUCUGGCCCGCAAGAUACACUUUGAGGCCUCUGGGAUUAUGAAUUCUCACUUCAAUGAAGAAAACCUACUGGUGACUGUUCUCAACCUUUUCACUGCUGGCACCGACACUACGUCAUCUACUCUUAGAUAUGGCUUGCUGCUCAUGGCCAAGUACCCACAAAUACAAGACCAGGUCCAAGAGGAGUUGAGCAGAGUAGUAGGAAGCCGUCAGGUCCUGGUGGCGGACAGGAAGAGCCUGCCAUACUCCAAUGCCGUCAUCCAUGAAGUACAGAGAGUGAUCAGUGUUGUCCCCAAAACUGCACAUUGCACCUCCCGAGAUGUCAUCUUCCAGGGCUUCUUCAUCAAGAAGGGGACUACAGUGAUUUAUCUGCUGUCAUCUGCUCUUCACGAUGAAGAAGAAUGGGAAAAGCCCAACAGUUUCCAUCCAGCCCAUUUCCUCGACAAGGAGGGGAAAUUUAGAAAGAGAGAUGCUUUUCUACCUUUCUCUGCAGGCCCAAGGGUUUGCAUAGGGGAGAGUCUGGCCCGGACUGAGUUGUUUCUCUUCUUCACCACCCUCCUCCAGCAUUUUCGUUUUACUCCCCCACCUGGAGUUAAGGAGGACGAACUGGAUCUGACACUGGUUGGAUCCUUUUCCCGCAACCCUUUACCCCAAGAGCUCUGUGCUAUCAGCCGGGUUUGACAAACAUGAACAAAGCUGACAUGAACCAACAAAACCAACAAUUUAUUGUGGUUCAGUUGUAGUGGUUCUGGUUAUAGAUUACACCUCAGCUCUUACAUUCAGUUCCUCCACUGUAAAUCAUGAGAUGAACUGCACCUUUAGAAAAAGUAAAAUGUGUGACAAAACAUUAUUAUAAUUAAGUACUGUAGUGUUGAAGAGAUUUCCUAGAUCACAAAUCUUGUUCUUCAGAUUUAAGGGGACUUGUUUGUUUGACGAAGAACCCAACAAAUGUCCCAUCAUCAUGACUUUAAUCUUUUCUCUUUUUUUUUGUGAAAAUGAAAAUUGUAAAGCAAAAAAAUAAUUUUUCCAACCAGUCAUGUGUCAUAUCACAGUCACAAUGUCUGUAAUGAUUUUUCAACCAUACCCUGUAUCCCUAACAAAUAUUAAGCCAUUUUAUUUGAUGAUAUAUUAACAGGAACAUGUCUCACACACUGUCUUACACGUGGGAGAUGCUUUGGAUCAUAACCAAUCCUUUAUUUUGUUUAUCAGUUAGCAAAGAGGUAUGAAAGCUAACAGUUUGUAAUGCCAGUUCUAGAAAUACAAAAAUAAUAGAUACAAAAUAAACAAGAAGUGCUGUUAAAAACAAUGACAAAGUGCCUACACACAACAUUUUCUCUACUUUUGUAAUCAUUGCCUAUAAUAAAGACAUGUCAUGAACACA